UAUUUGCGCAGAUACUGGUGACGAGUAUCGGGAUAAAUGCAUAGUAUUACUAAGAAACGCAUUGAUUGGUCAUAAACGACCGCUUACAACAAAAGAACAAGAAUUAUACGCAUACUGGAAAGCAGCAACAGUCGAAUUAUGCGUGUAUCGACAGCACCACCAAAAAGUUGACGAAGAAUAUGUGGAAGAAAUACAUCGCAAAAUAAUAUUAAUAUGUGAUCCGACGAAUAUGAUUCGUGAGAAUCUAAUCGAUGGAUCGUUGAGUCCACAAAAGUUUGUGACGGAUACAUUGGCUGGAAAUUUUGGCGAUAGCGGACAGAUUACAACGACCUAUAGUACGGUGCAAACGGAAGCUGUCAUCAUCAUGCGUUGA